CGCCAUGACAUUUAUGUCAAUUUUCUAUAAUCAUUUUAUCAAUAUCCGUCAGCCGUUUGUCUUGUUCUGAAAAAGCGAAUGUAUUGUUGUUUAUUUUCUACGUGGUAACUACAAAGGCGUUAGUCGGUGGAUUAUUGCGAUGUGCUAUUGAAAAUCAGCGGAUAUUACUGAAUAUGGCUACUUUAAUUCAAUCAUACGAACAACAAUAUUCAGUUCUUACAGCGGACGUUACAGCAAAAAUAGGUCGACUUAAAGUCGGAAAGGAAGAAAACCGUGAGCAAUUAUCAAGGGAAAUUCAAGCUAACUUUGAGGAGGCCAAUGAUCUGUUGGAGCAGCUGGAACUAGAGUACCGAGGCGCGGGGGCAGGAUCGCGCGUGGCAGCAUACCGUGCUGAACUGCAGCGGGUUAAAGAUGAGUACCGUUCCGUGCUCAGUAACUCGGCUACAUAUAAUAUAGAAACAGAAGACACAUAUGACGAUUGGAAUGUAAAUGAGCAACGUCAGAAGCUGUUGGACAAUACAGAGCGCUUGGAGCGCUCGGGGAAGAAUCUGAAUGAGGGUUACCGCGUCAUCUUGGAGACAGAGGAGAUUGGUGCUGCUGUGCUGCAGGACCUCAGCGUGCAGCGGGAGACCAUACAGAGGUCCAGGGGACGGUUGCGUGAAACAGACGAGCACUUGAACCGUUCGUCUCGUUUGAUGAAUACAAUGAUAGUGCGCGCGCUGCAGGACAGGUUCGCGCUGGUGAUGGUGCUGCUGGUGACGGGCGCACUGCUCUGUGCCGCGCUAUACUUCUACGUCACCUAGCGCCAUGUCCACACUGUACGAGUCGUACAGUGGCCGUACUAUUUGUACAUCGCGUGCAAGAAACUGCUCUGCUUCGGGUUUCGAUUAUACGUAUUGAAGCAUAUCCUCGCAGCUUUUCUAUACUGCAAGUAUAAACUCUUCAACGGAUGCUGUAGGAUGUGAAACGAGAACUUUUGACGUGUGUGAACUAGUGUUGCAAGUUUUGGCAAUUUUAUUGUCUAUGGCGAUUACAGCGCCACGUAACUUACGGGAUUGUGGUUAAACACUAAUUUUCUAUAUAAAUGUGUAAGUUGGCUUAUUGUAAUGCAAAAGUAUGUUUAAACCGAUUGUUUCCAGUGACGAAGAACUUAUUAAAAAAAUAUUUCAUUCAUAUAUACACAUUUCGUAUCUUGUAAUUACUGCAAAAGUCAGUUUUUUUGUUCCAAAAAACUACGUUGAAUUAAUGAUAAUUUGUUCAAUCUAGAAUAUUAUAUAGUGAAUAGUAAAGAAACAUAAUGAGAGAAAGAGAUGGAUGUAUACCUUUCACGCAAUACAUCCAUCUCUUUCUCUCAUGAUGAAGAAGGGUGUGACAGAUGAUGUAUGAUAGAGUUAUUUGGAGGACGGAAAGCCGGUGCGCCCUACGGGAAUAGGAUAAGGCAGGGGACAUGAUGUAAUCCACAUAAUUUCACAUGUAUCCGAUUUUUAUUAAUUCAAAUUGCAUUAAAUUUGUAAUCUUGCAUUUAGAUAUUAUGCUGUUAAUAUUAUAGUUUCAUGAUAAGGUUCUAAAUUAUUACUAUACCAAAUCUAUUUUAUGCUUUUGUAUAAGAUAUUGUAUAUGCCUUUAGAAUGUCACAUUCAGAUAUAAAUGUAGAAAAUGGCACAUCUAAAAGAUAUUAAGAUAAUAUGAGAAUAUUACGUUCUUCUGAUGUUCUUUGGAAUAUUAUCUUGCAUAAAAUAUGACAUAGACAAAUAAGUAGUUAACAAGUGGAAGUGUUGAAAUAAUUUUAAUUAUACAGGGUGAUUCCUAAUGGAUGGAUUAACAGCUUUGUAGAGUUUAAAAACCCUUAAUAGCUAUUGUUUAAGUGCAAAGUAUGUUGCCUGAUUUUCCAUAGUUUUAGUUAUUUAAUUAUUUCACAAAAUCGUUAAUCCAUCUGUUAGUAUCAUCCUGUAUACACCUAUAUAUUGUAAAUAUGUACUUUCGUCUUACAUGUUACAUUAUAAAUUAUAUUAGAUGCUUUGAAUUUCUGUAUAAAAUAAGGGAAAUAUCUACAAAUAUGAUAAUUUAGAGGCUAUAAUGAAUUUUAUAACUUUUUCAUCUAUGGAUAUCUUAAAAAUUGGAUUAAGUAGUUUGAAAAUGUAAUUUGACUGUUAACGUUGUAGUGUAGUAUUUAUUACAUAGAUAUAAGAAAUUAUUGGUAUGUUUACUUAGAUCUUGGUUCCAAACAUAUUUUGUGUCAACUUAAGUUUUUUUCCUUCUCCAAUGGAUAGUCUCUUUUAUUUAUUAUAAAUUGGAUGAUAAUUAUGUUGACUAAUGAAUUAAAGUAAGGUUAGUUUUUAAUUUAUCUAUGGACCACUUUCUGUAUCUGUGUUAUUUUCUCUAUGGAAAUUAGUGAUAUGUAACUGUUAGUAUACUAUUAGUUAAAUCAAAACGAUUUGUUUUAAAAGCUUUAAAAACCUCACUUCAAAAAAUUAACAUAUAUUGCAAAAUAAAUACCAUGUUAAAAUAUAUUGCUUUGUGUAAUUUAAAUGACUUUCAAAUCAAUGUUUUCACUUUGCACUGUAGUUGUUUUUUCACAACGCUGAGAAUAGAUUUAAAUAAAAUGUACUUUGUGCGGGAAUCUCGAUACAUAAAUGUUAUAUUGACAGUCUAAAAACGUAAUCAUUACUAUUUGUUGAUUAAAAAGAAAUAAAAAAAAACGUCUAGACGAAUUGAGUACCUCCUUCUUUUGGGAAGUCGGUCAAAAAUACAAAAGCCGAAUCGCAAACAUUAGUCGUCAAAAUUAAAACGCUGUUACAAUGAAAUUUACAUACAUACGUGCGAAUAUUUGCAUUUGUUUCGAGAUCUCUGCGUUAGAGGUUAUGAGGAUUUGAAUGUUGGAUGUUGAGACUGUUUAGAUAGAUAGUGAAAUAUUUAGAUAGACGGCAUUCGAUGGACGCUUCAAUGGACAAAUAAAUUAUGUGAUUCAA